AUGACUCGAUUGAGUUUCGGAAUACCUGCACUCCGCGUCGGUACAGGACGACAUGUUCCGGCGAGGAUUGGAAUCCUUGAUACAUUGUAUCAAGUGAGCCAGCCACUCUGCACGGCCAUCACACUGGUUUUCAGCUUCACCGUCCGUGUGCUCGCUAUGCACCUAUGUCCCGUCUUCCCCGUCCACCGCGUGCCUGCGGUGAUGUGUUUGGAGCAAUAUUCCCCACCGGUGGCUGAAAAACCGGUGUCAGGGAACACCAGCCGUCGAAUCAAGGUCGACGACGCUGGACAAUUGGGAGAAACCUUGCCAGCUGGUGUUGACGAUGGUCACAAUCACCAUGCCGUUCGACUGAGCACGCUGACGUACAAGUGCGAGUACAGCCAUGUCGCCCGUGGGUGUUCAAUGGCACACGUAUACUCCUUUUGGUAUAGAGAUCCUUACAACUUGCGACCGUCUUCAUGUCGCCUCGUUGAUGUGAAUCCCUUCUGCUGUAGUUGCAUCGUCAGCAGAUGCUACACGCACAUGGAGAGUAGCAACGCAGACCAGAACAACAAGAGAAUCGAGCACGAGCAUUCGAUGCUUACCACAUGUAACAGAUCGGCAGUCGCACAGACAAACAGCACAUGUACCGAUACGCAGACACAAGAGCUUCUAGCCAGUGCUGGUAGUAUCAGCUACCUCGCAGGUGACCAUGGUAUGGCCGGGGUUGACCUGGUCGUCUGGGGCAAUACGGUAGCCGCCGCAUUAUUGGUGAAUGGAAUUUGA